UUUCCAGACGACAUACCUAAGGUACUGUACAUACUGUAUCUGCAAUUCAAACGGAUGAGUUGGCCGUUGGUCAGUAGAAAGAAUCAUCAUGAAUUCAUCGAUGCCCUUUCCAGAUUAGAAUUCCUGUUCCAUUCACUGCUUCCAACUGACACCUAUUAAUUUUGAACUCCUAUCCCAUCCUCCCAAACAGACGCCGUAGAGCCUUGCUCUCUCUUUUCAAUACUACUGAUUCUCUGUCAAGAAGCUCCGUUUAUUGAAAAUCUUCCCAAAUCGAAGCACUACCAAUCAAGAGAACAUCGAAAGUGAAAGAUGACCCCUUAUGAGGCCUUCUCGUGCUACUCUGCGAUUCCAUACAGUAUGGUUGUUGACUGGAAUGCUCGAUAUUUAAAGGAUGCCAACAUAAGGCGCCCUGCUCAUAUCAAAUCACCUCUCUGGCGUCCAUGUUCUCUGCGAACCACGAUAGAAGACAUCUCAACACUCGAUCUCCCACCAUUUCGUCUUAUGGACCUACCAUUCGAAAUUCGGAAAGAGAUUUUCUUUCUAGCAAUUGCUAGUUCCGAUAAUUUCUGGCUUGACCGUGAAGUGAUCAGCUUUGGGGAGUCGUUACAAUGCACCAAGUUCAUCCGUGGCCGCAUUGUCUGGCGUGGCUCAAAUGGCACUCUCCUGCCCCUUUUAAUUUCCAAUAAGCAGAUUCACCAAGAAGUUGAGGAGCUGUUGUAUAGCCGUUUCGCUUUCGAUGCUCGAUGGGGAUAUACCAUGAGAUACUCGGACCCUUCCAAGACCCCAAACCGUCUCCCAAAACAUCGCAUCAAACACAUCACAUACACACCUGACUUGACCAGAUACAUGCGAGAGCACCGGGAGAGUGCGAGGCUCAUUAUUUCAGGUCUGCCAAUGCUAUGCUCAGUGCGGAUUAUGGUCUCGUGGCAGUGUACACAGCGUUUGCUUGUCUGCGGACACACCAAGGUCGGCAGCCUGCAUAUAGUGUCGGUAGCGCGUUUGUUCCGUGAAACUGGAAAGGUCGCUAUUAUCGGACAGUCGCUCACAGGUUCUCUUGAGAGGAGGUUAGUCGAGGAUACGCGAGAGGAACUAAAAGACGAGCCUUGGUACUGGGAAUUAGAGCUUGACUAUCCUCUUUUUGUGCCUUAUUUCCCCAGUGAUGUGGAAAGUCAUCUUUAAGAAGGCAUGAAGAUAUCAGGCUGAUUACCCGGGUUUUUGGAUUCUUUGAUCGACAUAUGGCUGGCAAACACUGCCCGUCCAAUGCUAUUUUUGAAAGCAAAGGCCCAGCAUGAAUUGGGAGAUUGGUUAGCGAUAAUAUCAUACUCUCUGUAUAUUAUUCUUGAUGUACUCGGUACUUCAUACACUUAACACUGGUCUGAC